GCAGAAGUAACCACCUGUGGUAUAUUUGAAAGACAAGUUCCUCACUGUGCUCAACCAUACAAGGGUGUAUGAUGUAGUCAAUCUUGUAAGUAGCCAGUUUCCACACCAGUUCUUUUAGGUUGCUAUAAUAGAAUAUAUUCUUGUAUUGAGCGGUGUAGACGUAAGUAAACAUCUGGCUUCCUUGACCAGGUCUGAAGUACACUGGAUUGAUCUUAAACUAAGGUUGGGAACCAGAAAUGUUUGGGAUACAGCAAACUGGCAACAGUGAAUAUCAGGUUAUAUGUUGAUUAAUAUGUUACAAGUAAUUGAAAGUAUUCACCAAUUUGAAAUCACUUGUUUUCAGCGAUAUAAUGACCUCAUAUGAAUCGAGUAAUAAUGAAUAUGGGAAUUGCGAUUGGUUCCGUAAUAUACAGUCACGGAAAGGUCCUCCUGAAUUUAAACCAGAUUCUUCUGUAUUCAGUAAAGGCUUCUUGGUGGAUAACCGUACACAACGUUGAUGUUGGUGGGGAGUUGGAAAAUGACAUCUGUAUCCUGAGGCAUAGCAAUACUGUGUGUGUUGUUGGUCUUGCCUUUGGACACCACAUAUUUAGACGUUGUGCUACGGACUCAUUUGAUAACAAAUCUGCAGCACAUCACCAAAUCUUGGGAUUGGACUAUCAGAUCUCCAGUGGAUUAAACCGUUUGAAAAACAAAGUCAAGGGUCGUCGUAAACAUGGAGGACAUGUUUUGAAUAAAUCUACUGAUAUACUAGCUUAUGCUGUUUGUGAUCGUGGAGUAAAACAUCCUAUAGUAUGCGGGAUUCCAGGACGUCUUCUGGAAGUAAACAGUAAUCUCGAUAUAAAAGGCCAACCUGGUUCUUGUACACCCAUACAUUCCAGUAGAUCUGAUAAUUCAAUUUUUUCUGGUUCAGUACUAAAGUUAACUCCGUUAAUAGACAAUGGGGACAGUGCUGUUGUGGGCACCUACUUGUCUAUCAUAAUGCAGACUUCAAAGUCGAAGAAUUGUCAAAAUAGGAAAAUAACUGAGGACUCUGAGGUAGCAACUUCACGGGGUGAUUCUCCUAGUCGAAGUCCCGUAGCUCCUGUAGAUGACGUUCCAGAAUAUAUUGACUGUCUCGACCAGCUAGACAAUACAUCACAUAUUGAUGAUUUUAUUGCACAAACAUCACUCUCCAAAGCUCAAAAGGUACUUAACUGGAGUGAAUACGUUACUCUUAGAAAACCUCAUUGUACAUAAGAAAUCCCCAAUAAAUAUUUUUUGUUGUUUUCAAGAAAA